AUGGGUGAAAUUGAUACCAAACCAAUUGAAUCAGUCCAGUCUGCUCUAUCCUUGUUUGGUGAGAAAGGCGAUCAGCGGAAAAACCGGUCGACCGGCAGCGAUGAUGAGAAAGAGAGGGAGCUUGAGAGUGUACUAAAGGAUUUGGCAAACUACAAGGUGCAACUAGAAGCAAAGGAGGCUGCUUACAUGCAAGCAAUUCUUAAGCUCGAAAUGUCGCAGAAGACGAUAGAUGAGCUUUCCACUUUGAUGAAGAAUUCCGAAAUUGAGAGGGAAAAAUAUGAAAAAGAAUGUAUAUUUGCCAGAACUCGGAUAGAAGAGCUUGAAUCCGAGAUGAAAGACAUGGCUGAUCAGUUGUCCGAAACUGCGAAUAUUCGCGAGCAGCUCUCGCAAGUUCAGCACGAGUUAAGGGCCGCACAAGAAGAGCUUCUUUGGAAGGAAACCGAACUUGAUGCUGCCAGAGAUUCGGAGAUCAAGGCCUUGAAAAAGGUAGAAAUAAUGGAAGUGGAGAUGAAUGCGGAAAGAAUAAAGUAUGAAGAUCUUACGAAGCAAGUUUCAGAGCUCAAUGAUGCUAUUCUUGUGUCAAAGGAUGCUGCUAUUGAAGCAGAGAAAGAGAGGUUUAGAAUUCUGUCCGAGAAAGAUGAUGAGAUUGAGUUGACUAAAAAGGCUUUAGUUGAAGCAGAAAAAAGGCUAGAAGAUAUGGAAAGGGAAAUGGAGGAUCAGAGUUUUUCUAAGUCCUUAUUUGUUGAUGCACUUCAGUUGCAGCUUACGGAGGCAAAUGAACGGCUGAGUUUCUCCGAAAAGUCUGCUGUUGAAGCCUUCACUGAUUUGAAGCAGCUUCGGGAGGAGUUGGAAUUGAAGGACAGGAGGAAGUCUAGUCAAGAAGCUUUGAUUGAGGCAUUCAAAAUGGAAAUGAGUGAGUUGAAAACUGAGUCGAAAAAUGCGAAUGAAUUGGCGAGUCAACUGAUGGUUGAUGUUGAAAUGCUUACCGGGGACCUACAAAAGGCGAAGACCGAGAUUGAUGAGAUGAGAAAAAGGGAAACAGAAGCACAGGUUGAGAUAGCAUUGCUGAAAUCCGAGCUUCACAAAGGGAGGUCAAAGAUUGCGGCUGCGGAGGCAGCUGAAGCAAGAGCCGAGAGUGUUAAAUCGGGGUUGUAUCUCGCGGUUCAGGAGCUAGCAGUAGAGGCAGAAACUGCAAAGAAAGAGAGCCAAAGGUUGAAAGAAGCAACUAAUAAGGAAAAUGAAGUAGAUCAUUCAGAAAUAGAUGAGCUGAAUCCAGAAGCCGAAGAGACAAAACAUGAUAACAAUGUAAACAUGACAAUUUCACUUCAGGGAGAUGAGACAUUGAUCAAGCGAAUUCCCGAGUUAGUGAUCGACGAUUCGAGCCAGUUAACAGCAGAUGAAAAGAAGCAUGAGUUGGAAAAUUUGAGGAAGGAGUUGGAAGCUGCAACGGCAAAAGUUGCAGAGUUCAGGAACCGCGCAGAGCAGGCGAUUUUCAGGGCUGAAAUGGCUGAGAGAGCAAAAACAGCAAUAGAGGAUCAACUGAGGAAGUGGAGAGAGGAGAGACAAAAGAAAAAAGCUGCUCUUGCUGCACUCAAAGAGGCAUCUGCCUCCAAAGAGCUCAGCAUUUCCACAGAUAACAACCCUUCAGUGACAUAUUAUCAGCCACUGUAUAAGAUACUCAACAUGAAAUUUUAG